UAUGUCCACGACAUUGGUUUAACAAGCAACACAAUGGCGAAACUCCUUACAGCCCUGGGCAUUCUCCUCGCUCUCCAUACAGCUUCUACCAGUAAAUUGGUGUGUCACAUGACCAAUUGGGCCCAGUAUAGGCCUGGCCAUGCCAAGUUCACCCCAGACAACAUCGACCCCUUCCUGUGCACACAUGUUAUCUACACGCUUGCCUCCAUCAACAGCUUCAACCAAAUCAACACUAUUGAGUGGAAUGAUGAGCAGCAGUACGCAAGACUCAACAAUCUCAAAAACAUUAAUCCAACACUAAAGACUCUGCUAUCAGUUGGAGGCACAGUCAAUGGAAUCAGCCCCUUCAUCACAAUGGUUGCCAGGCCAGAGACUCGCACUGCCUUCAUAAGUUCGGCGAUCAACUUCCUGCGAACACAUAACUUUGAUGGGCUGAAUUUAGCUUGGGAAUAUCCGGCACACAACGGGAGCCCACAGCAGGACAAGGAGAGGUUCACUUUGCUGGUCAAGGAGCUGGUUGCAGCUUUUGAGAAUGAUGCCAGGGACUCCAAAAAGACACAGCUACUGCUGUCAGCCAAUGUCGCCUCAAUCCGUACCACCGUCGAAAGAGCUUAUGAGGUCAACCUGAUCGCACCAUAUUUUGACUUCAUCAACCUCAUGACCUAUGACUUCCAUGGACACUGGGAGGCAGCUACCGGACACAACAGCCCUCUCUACCCAAGUUCUAUGGACUUAGGAUCACAUGUUCAUCAUAAUAUUAACUCCUCUGUGUCCUAUUGGCUGGAUAUGGGAGCGCCAGCAGAGAAGUUGCUCCUGGGUUUCCCUACAUACGGACGAACCUAUCGCCUUCACACUGGUGCAACUGGCCUGGGAGCACCAUCAAACGGAGCAGCUGACGCCGGGCCAUAUACCCGCACUGCUGGUUUUUGGUCUUUUUAUGAGGUUUGUGACUUCAUCUCCAGUGCUUUUGUUGAAUGGAUUGAUGAACAGAGAGUUCCAUAUGCCACCUUUGGAAGUUCUUGGGUUGGCUAUGAUGACCAGCGCAGCUUUUCAUCCAAGGUUGAGUGGAUGACAGGCUUGAACCUAGGAGGCGCUCAUGUGUGGACUCUUGACAUGGAUGACUUUGUUGGAUCCUUCUGUUCAGCCGGCUCCUAUCCUCUCAUCAACCAUUUGAGGAUGUCAAUGGGCUUUGCACCUAAACCUACCACCACCCCGGCUCCAACUACCACCAGGGACCCCAUUGCGGGUUUCUGUCGUGGCCGCCCUGAUGGCCUGUAUGAGAACCCAGCUGACAGUCACACCUAUUUCCAAUGCUUCAAGGGAAUCACCUACAUGCACCGUUGCCAGUCCGGUCUCAUCUACUGGGACUCCUGCAAGUGCUGUAACUGGCCUUAA